GGCUCGGCACAGAAAUUGCAGUGUCGAUCGAAGCGUGAGGAUCGAAAUGAAGAGGGAAAGGACAUUACACGUGCGCAAGUUCCACUGGGGGCUCCCAGCUGCUCAUGUGCCCGGCCUCGCUCUGGCGCCGUCCGCUUGCUUGACGCUAUCAGUCGGCGCCUAUACACAGGCUGCGUUGCGGCUAUAAGCCCCCCUCUUCGUCGCGCACCUCCGUAUACUCGCACUCCCAUCAUCGCAACUCUUCGCCUCAACGAUGCCGAAGCGCCAGGAGCCAGACGUGAAGCGCGAGAAGCCAGACGUGAAACGCGAGACACCAGACGCGAAGCGCGAGCAGCGAGACGCGAAGCGCAAGAAGCGAGACCUUCACCAAGAGUUGACCGAUCAUGUCAUCGCGCUGCUCCGCAGCAAGCGCACGCUAUGGUCCGUGCCCUGGGCUGGCACCCUGGUCGGUCUGCCGCAGCAACACGACGGUACGUACUACGACGGCGACAACGCUAUGGAAUUGUGGGCCGAGGCAAAACGUCGGCAGUACCGCAGUCCAGUUUGGCUCACCAAGAAACGUGCCAAGAAGCUGGGAGGAGAGCUUUGUGAGGACGAAGAGCAGAACGGCACGGUGGUCGAGUACUGGCACCGCCUCCAUGCGCACGGCCUCGAUGACGAAGACAGCUGCGUCGUCGAUGCCAGGCAGCAUGGUCGCCAUUUCGUCGAACGCUACACCGUCUUCAAUGCCGAGCAGUUCGACGGCCUGCCCGCACGCAUGUACGCGAAGGCCAAUCUGGUGGCGAAGAGUCGUGACAAGCGCGAUCUCGAUCUGGACCGUGACUUUGGCGCUUAUAUCCUCCGCUCUGGAGUGGCGCUGCCGCCCGGGGAGGAUGACUUGUACGACCCCUACGAAGACGGCAUCGGCGUCCAGAACCUCGACUCGACGACUCGCCACGGCGGUAAUCACUAUUACUGGCGGCUUGCGCGGGCGAUAAUUCUUAGUACUGGUCACCACGAGCGCCUCGACCGCAAGACCAUGGCCGGAUCCUCAAGCAGCACGGACGAUUCUUGGGAGGCGCUCAUCGCCACGAUCGGUGCCACGAUGCUAUGUGCCGCUUUAGGCAUGGCGCCGGUAGAUUGCGCAAUCGUGGACUCCAUUCGGAUUGAGUCGGGCGAGCACGACCAAAGAUGGCGCGUCCGUUGGCAGUGGCUCAGCGGGAGCAAAUACCGUCUUGUGAAGGCAGCUACGCAAGCACAGGAGGCCGCCGACUACGUGCUAGACGUGAUCCGCGGCGUCGUCGACCCGACGGCAAAGCGAGCGAAGAAGAGAAGGCGUGAUGCCGAGUCUGAGUCAGAGUGAGACUCGCACGGCACCUAAACUUCAAUUUCACGAGUCCGACUGGGCCGUUCCUUGACUCAGAAUCUACCCUGCGGCGUGCCGAAGUCCGAGGUCUGCAGCGUCAAACGGGCCAGCGCGUCCUCGAACAAGUGAAGACCGCACCUUGUCUUCACGCCCUCGUCCGACUAUACGACCUCUUGUCUCACCGAUCUUUCAGCUGCGUCACUCUGUCCGCCGUCUUGCGCCGUCGCACACUCUGUCCAACGCCCCGAAACGAAUUCCGCUCUCCACACACUACACACGACACAAUUCUUGGGGCAAAUGAUUCAUUCGAUGC